UGUGACGAUUGGAUUUUUUGCAAAGUGUCCCCUGGUCUCAUCAUCGUCUGUAUCUCGGAUUUCGGAAGCAAUGCGCUGUGUAUUUUGCUUCGAGCAAACUCUAAAGCCUGUUAGAGAUAUUUGAAGUGUUUUGCUGUUCCGUCCGACGGAAGGCUGACCUGGAUUUCGCGGCAGAAUUAAUCUCCGGAGACUAUUGUUUUGUGGGGAUUGCCAUCUGUCGACUUCCACUUAGCAGUGUUUCACACUCGUAACAGCUGUAGCAUCAUCGAACGGCAGGAUAAACACAGGAGAAAACAGCGAAGCGCCACAAUAUAGCAGCAGUUGGCGUAGGGUUUUUGCUGUCAAACGGAGGCUACUGGCGAGUGAAUGUUUGACAAUUUCUGUCUCGUGUAUACUAAAUACGAAACGGAUAAUGCCAGUUCUCUUUGGUGAUGGUUGUAAACGAAGCGAAGAGAUAAAUAUAAAUUAAUAACGAAUUGAGAAGUUUGCAAUCAAGCCCGCCGACAUCCAGUGUGUGUUACCUCGUGAAAUCCGGUUCAACUCUGAAAAUACCGGUGAAGCAAUACCGUUGUGAAAACGCCCCGGGGACGGUAAAAUUUUCAAAUUCGUAAUUUCAUAACGGUCCCCGGUCCCAGAUUUGGCUUUCAGCGAAAUCAGUGAACGGGAAAAACGUUGUGAAAGAAUUGAAGAAAAGAAAAAGCACAAUCAAGUUUUCGAAGCCCGGUUCCGGUGUACGAUUCAUAACAGUGCCCUCGUCUCGAGGAGGCGUUUUUAAGACGCACUGGAAAGCAAUCGCAGUGUUUCCGUCGUUUCGCGCCAACAAUAGCACGGCACUGAGCCGGAAUUUAUCAAAUUGGGGGUCGAUAUUUCAGUCUGAAAAAAAAAACGUGAUUUGGUACCAGCGAGAGCACAAUAAAUGUUGGAUUACAUCACAGUUAUCAUCUGCAGGUGAAAGUAGUUCAGUUCUAGGAUUACCGCUUUAAGCAAGAUUCUUGUGCUUUAAAGUGUUUAUCUCUGUGUGGGAAAGAUAAUAGAGAGAAGAAACAAAGUGAAGAAAAGUUGCUGACACUCGCAAUCGCAUUGGAUUGAAACUUCGGAUAAAAGUGAUUUUUUCAAGUGACCAUUUCCUCUGCCUGCAGUGUCGUGCUUUCAUAAAAGAUCUGUUAGAUUUGGAAGCCUUUGUAUAAAUCGUGUGCCAUUCCACUGAACGCCGGAGCAAAACGGAGCUCAGCCACCAUUAAAAGGAGGCAGCAAUAGAGCUGUGUUAUAAUCAUUACCUUCGGCAAUAGCAGCAAUGUUUGUUGUGUGUCUAACCCAGUUUCCGUGCUGUUUAGAAUGAAGCAUUCCAUUCAAGGACGGUAAACGAGCCUCGAGUGCUGGCUUGUGAGUGAGGGUGGUAUUGCUGCCGCACAGUGUUGGUGUCUUGUGAGCGAAAAAAAAGUGCAUUUUAUUGGAUUUCAUGCCGGGUGCAACAUAAAGCAACAACAAUUGGAAGGAAACAACUGAAUACUUUCGGUUCGGUUUUCUUGUCCAACAGGGGGCACGGUGAGGAAACAAGAGCCGCAGGAUUUAUACUGUCAACAACUAACUACACUGAAUACCGUUAAAGCGUUGCUACUCUGUGUGCGGGAGAAAAAUACGCUCGCAACAAGGUGUGCAUUGCUGAUUAGCGUUCGCUAACUUCAGCGCGGGCGGCAACGACGAUACAGCCAUCUAAAUAUUUGAAGGAGGAUGUGCCCGCACUAACUCUCUGAUAAAAACCAACCCAACACUGUGAAAACAACCCCCAUCGCAUAGCUUCAAUAAGGAUCUCAGUCCACCCCGAAAAAGCAUGCGUAACAGACGGUCCGUAUGGCAAUAAAUCGGUUAUCUGUGACUAAGGCGAAAGCUUCCCAAAAAUGAAACACUUAAAAACCUAUCGAACACUCAACGUGUGAGAGAGUUUGCCAUAUGAACUGCAAAAGUGCAAAAACCAGUCGAAAACUAAUACAACUUGUGCAACAUCCAGUGUGCGGUGUAGCUUUCAACACAUCCGAACACGAUUACCGAGGAUAAAGUUACCGCAAAAAAAUAUACACAACGAGAAAAUGUUCUAAUAAAAAACAGCAUACGACAGAAGCACGAAACUCGGUCAAAGUUAAAAGAAGCAAAAAAGGCAGAACAAGAAACUUUUUACGGGCAGCGAAAAAAAAAAAAAAACAAAGAAAACUCAUACGAAAUCCGGAGAAAACUGCUGCUGCCAAGCUUUCCUAUGGCAUAGGAAAUACCUACCCACAAGUGCUGAUAAUUGAGCAACUGAACGACCAUCAUCAGAAGGCACGCCAACUAUGUGGCGCUCCGCCGCUGCACUGUGAGACGUGCUGCUGGAGUGGUGGAGGGAAACCCGGACGGAAAAGCGAACACCGCAGGAUCCGCCGACGCUAGAGACACCGUAGACGGUGGUGCCGAUCCAAACUGGCGAAGAUAUAUCACAAUUUUUAUGCUGCUGCCACGAUUCAACACUAGCCCAGUCCAAUGAAUGUGGUUCGGCUUUUGCAGAUUAUAAUCGUUACGAAAUUCAUUAAAACUGGUAUCGCCGACAAGAACGACUACCCGCUCUACUUCGAGAAGGUCAUCUAUGAGGCCGACAUUGACGAAAAUGUCGAGAUCAACCACAAUUUUCUCAAUGUCACCGCAAAAACACACGCUGAAGCGCCUGGUAUUCGAUACAAGAUCACAAGCGGUAACAUAGGUGGAGUUUUUACGAUUCACAAUACGACCGGGGCUCUGUACGUAGCGAAAGCACUAGAUUAUGAGAAACUUAAGAAGUACGAGCUCCGGUUGACGGCGUCUGACAGUUUCAAGGAAAACUACACGACGGUGCUGAUCAACGUUAGGGACGUCAACGACAAUCCACCUGUAUUUGAGAAAUCAUCAUAUCGCACACAAAUCACCGAAGAAGAUGACCGAGGCCUGCCGAAGCGGGUGCUGCGGGUUACCGCAUCGGAUGCCGACGUAGAGCGGCCUAAUAAUAUAAUCUAUUUCCUGACCGGUCCUGGAAUCGACAUAGAAAAUCCAUCGGAAAGUAACUUCGAUAUCAACAAGGCUACGGGGGAAAUAUUUGUUCUGAAGCCGCUCAAUCGUGAUCCACCGCACGGGCGAGCCGCGUGGAAGUUCACCGUGUUCGCGCAGGAUGAAGGUGGUGAAGGUCUGGUCGGUUUCACCGAGGUGCAGAUCAACCUGAAGGACGUCAACGAUAACGCGCCUACUUUCCCGCUAGGGAUCUACUACGGCAAUGUGACCGAAAACGGCACCGUCGGAAUGUACGUUAUGACAAUAAAAGCGGAAGAUUACGAUGACAUCAACGAGGGAACGAACGCCAAGGUGGUGUAUUCGAUAGAGAAAAAUGCCAUCGAAGAAGAUACCGGACUGCCAAUUUUUGAUAUCAAUCCGGACACCGGAGUUAUAAAGACGGCCGUGUGCUGUCUAGACCGUGAAAAAACUCCCGACUAUUCGCUACAAAUUGUGGCGACCGAUGGGGGCGGUCUCAAAGGCACGGGAACGGCCUCCAUUAAGGUGAAAGAUCUAAACGAUAUGCCACCUCACUUCACCAAAGAUGAAUGGUUCGUCGAGGUGGAGGAAACCGAUGGCAACGUACUGCCGGAGGCUCCUAUUCUGACCGUAACGGUCAACGACGAUGACGAGCUCAACAACUUCCAAUACAAAAUCAUCGAAAGUAGCGGCUAUGGGGCGGACAAGUUCGCCAUGAUCAAAAACAACGACGGAACGGGAAGCUUGAGAGUAAUUCAGCCACUGGAUUUCGAAGACCCCAUGCAAGUCAAUGGUUUCCGGUUCCGUAUUCAAGUUCUAGACAAUGAAGGUAUCAACGAAACCGACAAAUACCACGUGGAUCAUUCGUGGGUCAUAGUGAAGCUAAAAGACAUCAACGACAAUACACCGCGCUUCAGAAGACCCCACAUGGAAGCCAGCGCAUCGGAAAACGACGAAAUCGGCAAAUCGCUGGUCAGUUUCAAAGCCAUCGAUAUCGAUAAUGCUGGUAAAAGUAAGAUCACCUACGUGAUCAAUAGAGCCACCGAUCGAAAGCGACAGUUCGCCAUCAACGAUGAGGGCACAGUGACAAUUCAACGCGAACUAGAUCGCGAAGCGGUCUCCAAGUACCACCUGGAGAUUUUGGCCAUCGAUGACGGUGUUCCUUCACGUACGGCCACAGCAACGCUCACCGUCGAGGUGAAGGACGUUAACGACAACGCACCCGUGUUUGCGGAAGAAUAUCGACCGAUCUUGUUGGAAAAUGCGCCCCCAUCGAAAAUUAUCGAGAUCACUGCCAUCGAUCAGGACGAUCGAAAAAUGAGUAACGGACCGCCGUUUCAGUUCCGCAUGGACCCGGAGGCGAAUGAUCUGAUUCGUACCUCAUUUAAAGUAGAGCAGAACAAUAAAGGGGAUGGUAUGGCGAUCGUCUCAUCGCUGGGAUCGUUCGAUCGAGAAUACCGAAAACAGUACGAGAUUCCAAUCGUCAUCAAAGACUCCGGAAACCCACCGCAAACGGGAACCAGCACUCUAACGGUAACCAUCGGUGACGUCAACGAUAACAUUAUGCAGCCGGGUUCGAAAGAGGUUGUGGUGUACAACUAUCAGGGCCAAGCACCGGACACUGCCAUCGGGAGGGUCUUCGUGAAUGAUCUCGAUGAUUGGGAUACCUCGGAUAAACUGUUCUAUUGGGAUGAGGUGGAAAAUCCCAGAUUCAAGCUGGACGAUACCUCGGGUAUGGUGACAAUGCGACGUGGUGCACGCGAGGGUCGCUACAAGCUGCGCUUCAAAAUCUACGACCGUAAGCACGCGCAGGAAUCGUUCGCCAAUAUGUCGGUGGUUGUGAAGCACAUUUCGUACGAGGCGAUCGUUAGUUCUGGGUCGGUACGGCUGAUGGGUAUCACUGACGAGGAUUUCAUUAGAAUCUGGAACUACCGUACCCAGAACAUCUUCCGCAGUAAGCUAGAACGAUUCCGGGAUAAACUUGCGGAGUUGUUGAACAUUGAUAAGAAAAAUGUUGACAUAUUUAGCGUUCAAAUGAAGCAGCAGAAUCCGCCGCUGGUUGAUGUCCGGUUUGCUGCCCGGAAUGCGUUCUACUUCAAAGCGGUUCAACUGAACGGUGUUGUGAUGCUGCACAAGGAUGAGAUCGAACAGGCAGUCGGAAUCAAUAUCACUAUGGUGAACAUCGACGAAUGCCUGGCAGAGAACGCCGAUUGCAAUGGAUCCUGCACCAGCAUAAUCGAGGUUCAGGCCAAUCCGAGCCUAGUGAAUGCCAAUAAAACUGCCCUAGUUGGUGUUCAGAUCAAAUCCACGGCGGAAUGUAUGUGUAGUGCACGGGAGUACAAACAGCAGCAGACGUGUAAAUCACACCCAUGUCUGAACGGAGGUCGGUGUACGGAUAGCAAAUCUGGGGUCCGCUGUUCAUGUCCACCGGAUUACACCGGGCCAAGGUGUCAACAGACGGUUCGUAGCUUUCGAGGCAAUGGCUGGGCAUGGUAUCCUUCGCUGGAUAUGUGCGACAAGUCGCACAUUAGUGUAGAGAUUAUCACAACGAAAGCCGACGGUUUAGUUUUCUAUAACGGUCCUAUAGUAGUCCCGAAUGAUGACGAUGAAUUACAGCAAUCGGAUUUUAUUGCGCUGGAAUUGGAACAAGGCUAUCCCCGGUUUCUGAUCGACUACGGCUCCGGUACGCUGGAGCUUAGAAUACAAACUAAACAACCGCUCAAUGAUGGGGAUUGGCAUCGUAUCGAUUUGUUCUGGGAUUCCGAACGGGUGAAAAUGGUGGUUGAUUACUGCAAAACGGCAGUGAUAUCGGAAGCGGACGACGGAAACCUAGUGGAGUUUGUUGAUCACACCUGCCAGGCAGUUGGUCGUGUGCCACAGUUCAACGAGUUCCUAAACCUGAACACGCCACUGCAAAUUGGAGGAGUGUUCCGCGAGAAGUUUGACUACACAUACAAUCGCUGGCAGUACAUGCCCCUGGCUGCAGGAUUCGAAGGAUGCAUUCGGAAUUUUAAACACAACGGAAUUAUUUACGAUCUGUCUCGUCCCGGACUUUCCAAGAGUACCAUGCCAGGCUGUCUGUACACACAAGAAGUGUGCAAUCUUAACCCCCAGGUUGCGAAAUGUAUGGAUCACGGCAAGUGCAUCGGUAACUACGAUGAAGCCAAGUGCGAAUGCAAUCCAGGUUGGUCGGGUACAUACUGUAAUCUUCCAACGACACCGACGACAUUCAAAACACAAAGCUACAUCAAAUACGCGCUCAGCUUCGAACCUGACAAGUUCACGACGCAGAUCCAGCUGCGCUUCCGUACACGGGAGACAUUCGGUGAACUGUUCCGUAUCAGUGAUCAACACAUGCGCGAGUACGGCAUUAUCGAGCUGAAGGAAGCUAAGCUGCUCUUCCGGUACAGUCUAAACUCUGGCCAGGUGGAAGAGCACGAGGUGUCGCUCAGUGCCGUCGAGGUGGACGAUGGCCUGUGGCACGUGGUGAACAUUCAACGCUAUGGCUCAGCUGCCAUCCUCGAGCUGGACGGCGGCGAGGGCGCUAAUUUCAACCAGAGUUUCUCCUUCGACGGCCACCAGUGGCUUUCGGUGGACAAGCAGGAGGGAGUCUACGCCGGUGGCAAACCGGAGUUCACCGGGGUGAAAAUGUUCGACGUUCAGGCUGACUAUCACAAGAGUUGCAUCGAUGAUAUCAGGUUGGAUGGUAAAAGUUUACCUUUACCUCCGGCAACAAACGGCACUCAGUGGGGCCAGGCAACGACGGCCAAGAACAUCGAGCGCUACUGUACGUCCAACAACCCAUGCCAGAACGCGUACUGCCCCGAGCCGUUCGAAUGUGUCGACCUCUGGAACAAGUACGAGUGCGCAUGCGGAGAUGGUAUGAUCAUCUCGCCCGAAGGGAAAACCUGCAUCGAUCUGAACGAGUGUCUGGAGUAUCCGUGCCUGAACGGCGGAACUUGCAUCAACCAGGAGCCUCGCUUCAAGUACAAAUGCAUCUGCCCGGACUCGUACUGGGGCGAGAGUUGUGAGCUCCUGAAGGAGCGUCAAGCGUUGAAAUUUAGCACAAGUGCCUUGGCUGCCGUUAUCACAUGUCUGUUGCUGAUAAUUAUUUUAUUAUUUUUGUAUUUUUCCUGUUCUCGCCGUCGGUCGGCGAACUUCAAUAAGAAACCAGCGACGAAGGACGACAUUCGCGAGAACAUCAUAAACUACUGUGAUGAGGGUGGAGGCGAAAACGACAUGACCGCGUUCGACAUGAAGACCCUCAAAAUCCCCAUAGGACCGCUACCGGAACUGGUGCAGCACAAGGCACCAUCCGUACGUCCCGAUAUUGCCGUCGUGUCCGACCAGGUCAUCGCCAAGGUCGACAUCUUCCUGGACGAUCGGAAACGACGGGCGGACGUCGAUCCCGCCUCCGGACCAUUUGACGACCUCCGGAACUAUGCCUACGAAGGUUGUGGGAGUACGUCUGGCUCGCUAAGUUCCUUACAGUCAGGUACCGACGAUGAGCCCCAUGAGUAUGACUUUUUAACGACAUGGGGUCCACGAUUCGAUAAGCUAGUAAAUCUCUAUGAACCAAGAAUACAAAUCGAAGAAGAUGGCGUUAGUUAAAAGUAGCUUUUGGUUUCGGGCCAUUGGUGUUUUACCUACUUCGCAUCGUAAGUGUAGUUAACUAUUUUUUUAAAAAUUCGAAAAGUGUAGAUAUCGAGAAAAUAAAAUAAAAAAAUAAACAAACACACACACACACUCACAUAAACGAAUAAUAUCGUAAGGAAUUUAAAAGUUUUCACAAAUUGGCCAAUAUUAUUGAGACAAACUAUUGUAAAUCAAAACCGUAAUCGAUAAGAGUUAGUGCGUAAGUAGUCGUUAAGUAAGAAACAAAUAAACAAAAAAAAAGAUGUACUGUUCUAGAACAUGUUAUCUUUUGGUGCUCUGUUCCACGAAACAAGAAAUGUUGGUUGUUCAUUCCGGUAGUGUAAAGUUUAACGCUAAGUUGUUGAAUACUAGUUGAAAUAGUUUGCGAAAGUUACAAUUUGAUUAAAAUUUUAUUGCUGCUCCGCAGCCUGCGUACCGCAAAUGGUUUCCCCUUUUCUCUCAUAGAACAGCACGCUCGGUUCGACUCCAUUAAACCCCGAUCCGAUCCGAUAGUUUUGAACAACAUUCGAUUGAUUGCGCAGCAAUAUUUUUGUGUUCGUUUCAAACAGAAAAAAAAAUCAAAAAAUAAAAUUCACCCUACCAAUAGCGACCGUUAUAAAUAAUUCCGGUUGCCACGUAUCAAACCGCAUAUCGAUGAUCUCCGAUUUGGCAAAAUAUUUUGCUCAUUCGGGGUGGUGCGGCGGUGACAAUCUGGCCGCAUCUAGUGGGUCGCUAUUUUGUUUUCCAAUCGAAAUAAAAAAAAAUAUUGCGCAGAAAAAACUAUUUUUCCAUUUCUGGCGAAUUUUCUUGACACGGUGCAUUUAUUACCAUACCAUUCCAAUUUUGCUGGAAUGAAAGGUGCUGAGAUCGUGACAAAAUUUUGGAUACUCUAAACUGAUACCGUUCAUGAUUUCUGUUCAUUUCCUACUAAUUUAGUUAUAUAGAAGUAGGUAAAUUCUUAUACCAUAGGUUGAAUCACACCACUAGGCGGAGUGAUAGAUUUUUUCUAUCAUGCAUUUGAAUGCUCCUGGCAGAGGAGAGAAAGAGAUAAAACUUUUUCAAUCUAUGUUUCUUUUUUUGGGUGCAUAGAAUAACAUCGAUUGUACUUUUUGUGCUAGAGGAAAUAAACUAUGACAAGAAGCGCGUGCAAGAAAAUAUAUUCCGAAUAACAAACAAAUUUCAACAGCCAAACUUUACUUUGGUUCGACAGCCGCGAGCUGUUUCCAGUGGCAGGUUGCAAACGAAACGUCAACAAUGGCAUCCGUAUUGUAUCAGUUCCAAUCAGAGGAUUGAACAACAACGCUUGUGAAUAUUUAAAGAGGAAUGUAAUGGUAAAAUUAGUACGACAUGUUUUGACAAAAUAACUACGAACGGAAAAUUCUAGAAGCCAAACAAAACAAUAGCGUGAGUGUACAAACAGCAUCCCAAAAAACUAAACAAAAGAGUUACAAUAAUUUCAACAGUAGACGAAUGAAAAAAUGGAAAAAUAAUACCGUGCUGGUAAAUGGGGCUCUGAAGUUAAAUUUUAGUCUAGAUACAUUUAAAAUUACCAUCUCUCAAAGGCGUUUUGUUUUUAAUUUCUCUAGGCGGCCUCAUAAAAUUGCUUGGCUCUAGUUUAAAUAGUUUAUUUGACACGGCACGAUACAUACUGCUUGGCUCUGUGACCCAAAAUUUUUUCAACAUGUUUGACUUGAAGUUGAUGACAAGCGAAUGAAACAAUCAGAAAAUAUUGCAUAAAUGGUAAGUUGAGCUUCAACAUGCAGCCGUGCAACAUUUCCCAAAAACAAAUCAAAAUAGGGAAGUGAAUUUUGCAACCUUGCAUCUUUUCUUUGAGUUCAAUUUGAGAACAUUUACUAAGCGCCUUUUCUUGCCUCAGAAGCGAUUCUGAACAUUAUUUCUUAUUUCGAAAGUGUUUUCUGCUUUCGAAGACCAAAAUAAGCUUAAUUGGGUAUUUUUUCUAGCUUUUUUUUUGGUAUUUUUUUUAACUUUUUGCGAAUCUGGCCUGAAUUUGGAAUUAGUUUCUAUUAUAGCUAUAAUUAGUACAGCCAUAAAUCGAGUGUUAGUCAGACUUCACUCGAUGCAUUUGUAUUUGUGCAACGUUAAGGUUUACUUCAGUUCCCUUCACUCAUACAUACGCAGAAUCUCUCCCGUAGCGUGCCAGCGUUGAAUGCCAUAUUGUGAAGCCUCACUGUUAUUUCUAGAUUGGCACGAGUGUUGUACUAUCUAACAGAUCUGAGUUAAAAAGGAAAAAAAAUAUAUGAGGAACUUUAAAUCCGUUUGGUUUGCAUAAAGCGAUCGGUCUGUGUCUUAAACAUGGCUUUCAUCCACUUGUGAGGAACCUAAUGUUUAUGUUUUCCUCUAACGCAGAGAGUUAAUGAUAUAAUUUCAAAAAGCAUAUGAAUGAUAUCAUAUGAUAUGUUGAAUGAUAUGAUAUCAUCAACAUUUGCAUCAUACAAAAUGGAGAAAAAAUAUACCUAGAACUAGAAGCUCACUUUUUUUCUGUUUCGUAUGCCAACGAAAAACAACCUAAUACAGACGUAAGAAACAAAUAACUUUUUUUGACGUAGGACUUCGUCUUUGUUUUCUAUACUAGAUUACACUUUGUGAAAAUGAAAAUGAAACUGGCAAAUGUUGCGUCAGAUUUCAAACGGUUAUAGCAAGCGAACGACUUAAUGCAUCUUAGUCAUUUAUAUGUCGGUGGAUAGAUAAAAUGUGUAACAAUUUUUUGAUAUUAUAUUCAACAUUGUUGCUUUACUGCUUAAUGGUGGAAAAAGGUGAAAAGUUCCAAGGUCAAGCUUUCCCAUACAUUUCCCUCGUUAUUGGCUUGCUUCCCGAGCACAGAUAACAAUAACAUGGACGAAAUAAAUUUCACUGCCUACAUAUUUUGAUUCAACAAAGUGUUUUGGUUUGUUUGUCUUUGUCUAAGCUGCGUGGCCACGCCCUAAUGGCAAAAAUCUACUCUGAACUCGAUACAAAAGACUGCGUGUAGAAAAUUCAGCUUCAGUCUAGUUUGUCACACAAUAGCGAGUGGAGUAUAGCUGUUAGAGGUACGCGACAUUGAGAAACGAGAGCUGCAUACGAGUCAACUUACAGGCACUGCGGAACAUGUUACCUUUAUUUUGCAUAAGGCAGCAACAGUUACCAUCGUACGCUGCAGAAUAUUUAGCUGGCACAGCUACAAGAGGGCACAGCGGAGAGCAAACUUUAUUAUGCGCGAUCAAGCAAAAUAUUCAAUGCUACCGAUGGUGCGGUCAUCAGCGUUCCGUAGCACGAAUUUCUAACUGAAGAUUAUGAAAUCGGUUCUUUCCAGAACUAUAGAUGCUUGAAGAUAAGAGUUAUGAGAAUUUUCGCAACUACUACUAGUGUAAAAUUUUCAUGUAUUCAUGCAUCAUUAGUUUUACAAUAACGACCAUCAAAAAUUAACGGUAGUGUUGCCUAUGAACAGUUUAUCGCAGCAUUUGAUAUAUACAUUUAGUCCUACGUCACCAUUUCAUACAAUCCCUAGGGCUAUAUACCUUGUAGCAUUUUUCUUUUUCGUAUGCCAACGGAAAACAGCCUAAUGCAGAUGUAAGAAACAAAUAACUUGUUUUGAUAUUUGGCAGUACCUGCUUAUACUUGACAGAAGAUGAAUGCUAUUGUUCUGUAAGCAACAAAUUUGUUACAAAAGGAAAAUUUUAUCGUUAUUAAAUUUGAAGUGUUUUUUUCUUGCGAUUCUUAAGUUAAUUUGUACCUUUAAAAAGCAUAUUUAAACGGUUCUAAGUUGCGAUCAUUUUCUCGUUAGAUUUUUUCUCACCUUCAGCCACAUUUUUCUGUGAUUCAAUUUGGGUGCAUUUUUAUCACGGUUUUUGACAGAGAAUUACGUCUUGCAGUAACAUUCCAAGAGAGUGAAAUAAAUAUCGAUGUUAAACUAGAGCUACACAACAAUUGUCCAAUAUCAAAUGUUUAUAACACAGUGAGAUUUCAACGGUUUUUCCUCAUUCUUGCAAUGAUCGAUUGUAAAAUAAGUCACGCGUCCUACACGCAAAGUUGAAGUGUGCGUAACCAGAUUAUUUAUGAACGAAAUUAGCGCAUUUACUAAUAGCACAUUUAAUGCUGAAUGUAUUACGCAGUUCGAAACCACUACACUUAUAAAGCAUCAAACGAUGUUCAAAAGGCUGGUAUCGUUAAAACAGUGCAACCAGCAACCAAUACUGACAAGUUGGGUACUGACAAAAUUAUUGUCUGGUCGAUUCACUUUCAUGAAUCAGGUCAUUCAAAAACAUCAAUCAAUCAUUAACAAUAAACAAAAACAUUAGAUUUGCUUAAAACAUUUUCCAUUCAACUAUGACUCUGGUGUUAUUCACAUGCAUUCGGUUUUGCGUUACUGGCACCAGCGUCAAUAACUUCUGCGAUAACAAGGCUCGUUAUUGGCUGUGUCGGUUGCUGACGAUUUCUAGAGAUGCACGUGCCGGUGAUACGCACCGGCUCGCGAAAGUAAAGAGCGGUUUUUUGAGCGCAUCGAAACCGAAGUUUGCCGAAAUAAUACGAUUUUUGUGUAUAUGCUACAUAUUCUGAUUUUGAUCUCUGUCAAUGUAUUCCUCGUACAACUUUUGCGUUAUGCGUUUCACGCAUCCGUUGUGCGAAGUCAGAGCAAAUUCUAUGCGAAUUGAAGAACACAUUGGAUGAUUAAAGUUUGAACUUUUGCUUGUAGUAACAUGUAGAUAGUUGUGAUUUGAUGAUGCUCACUAUUGUACUAUUGAAAAAUGUAGAGCCUUGUUUCAACGCAAAUGUCAGCCAAUCAAAGCAGAAACAAGGACAAAUUGGAUGAUAUUUGGGUAUCUACGCAAGUGGGAUGAUGUCCUUAGGCCGGAAAUCGACCCUAAACACCAUUUUUAAUUCCAAGAUGGUAACUUACGAUCCAUCCAAUAUAGGUAUGUUUUUUUCUGGACUUAACAAAUCUUUUUCACGAUUUUGAAUUCAAUUUAAGAUUAUUUCGGCAUUUUUCGAUUUUCAAAAGUGUAUUUUAGGGAUUCUGCUAAAAAAAAUUUAUUUUGGUUUUCUCUCACCUUACGAAGCGUUUUCAGUGAUUCUAAAGCGAACAUUACACGAAGCAAAUAUUUGCCUGAAAUGACGGUCAAUAUUUGUUUGCCCGUGUAAUAUCACAGUAUUUGCCUAAAUUAUUUGUUGAAAAAUGUUUGCCAUCGUAUUGCUUAACAAAAAAUUAGGCAAAUAUUUGAUUCGUCUAAUGUCGUUCUUUGCUAGUGAAGUCACAACCGAGCGAAUAUUUGCUUGUAUUUUUGCUUUGUUCAUACUGAAAUUUGGUAUGAGCAAACUGCAGCAAAUGGAUUUCAAUGUGUCACUUCACCUAAAAUGAUUUGUUUCUACUUGAUGAGAUUAGUCCUUGUAGUUAUCAGUUUUACGUUUACUUAAGUAAAGGUUUCUUGAAUCGUUGAAAAAUACUCGAACCAAAUUUACAAUUCAUGCUUCAUUUAAUUAUUAUUUAAUUUUUCAAUCGAACUUGAUAACAAAGCCAAGUAAUACGGUAAAUUUAACUUAUAAUCGACGUUAAUACAUUUUAAAUUGAUCUGAUUUUUCUAAAAUGCGACUUUUCAUAAAUAUUUUAAUUAAUUUAAUAAAAAUUUCGUUCAUUCCCAGCAACAAUACGGAUUAUUACAAAAUCCUGCUUUUCAAUCAAUGGAGAUACAAGCUCCAAAACGGUGUGCAAAAUUAACUGUUCAUGUGCGAGAAGAUUUGAUUUACUAGUGGUAUCUUAUCACUUAACCGUAGCAUUUUCGUUUCACCCUGAAAGUGUGAUCCAAUCUCGCACCAGCACGUAUUCAAACAACCUUCUGAUUCUCGUCAUUUUCCAUGGUAAAUUGGCAAGCAUGACCUGGAGGGCAAACUAAAAACACUUUCUUUUAUAUGAGGUGGGCAAUUGUCACUCGGAACAGAAUUUAUUAUUUUGCAACGGUAACCUUUAUGAACCAAAACAAAGAAAUUAUGUUUUCUAGUGGCAGAUGAAAUGUUCUUGGGCAAUGGAAACUAGAUUUGUUAUAUUUUCUACGAAGUUUAUUUCUUGGAAACAUAUUUCAUCGUGUAAUAGCACAGUAAAUAUAUUUGCAAAAAAGUGAGCGAAGAGACUUUGAUGUCAUUCGAGCAAACAGAGUUUUGAACAAAUAUUUGUUAUAGUGUAAUAGCGUAACAAAUAUACCCGAAGGAAAUUUUUGCGCAAAUAAAUUACACACCAAAUAUAGCAAAUAUUUGCCUCGUCUAAUGCCUGUUUAAGUUAAAUUUGGGAUCGUUUUCUUUUUUUAACUUUAGAUAAGUUUUUCAUCGAUUCUAAGCUAAAUAUGUAAUUCUUUUCGAUCGUGACCUUUGCUGGCAAUUUGAAUUGUUUUUUCGGCAAUCCUGUCCUUAAUUUGGGAUCAUUUUCUAGUCUGAUCUUCUCUGCGUUUAUUACCAUUUCUAUACCCAAUUUGGAUGCAUUUAUUUGUUUGUCUUUCAUGCUUCUGAAGCUUGGUUUAGGGAUUCUGAGCUUAAUUUGAAAGUUUAAUCUUGGAGCAUUUUCUAUGAAGGCUUUCUCUGGAUUUGAAAGCGUAUUUCGGUGAUUCUAAAUCAGUUCAAGUUUAACCUGGAAGCAUUUUUUAUUAUGUUUUUUUUCCUUUUUCUACGAUUCUGAGUUCAUUUUGUUUACAUUUAUUCUCCAUCCGAAAAAAACUCAACAUUUAACAUUUAACAAGAAAUACACACGUACACUGGAUAAUUUAGAGAUGGAAGAAACUAAUAACAAACAAAUAAACGACAGUAAGUGUUGUAACUUUACUGUAGAUGAAUGUGAUUACUUUUUAUGUAACAAAUUUGUUACAAAAGGGAAAAUUUAUCGUUAUUGCUUUUUAAGUAAUCUGUAAAAAUUAUGCGUGUCUACUGCGAUCAUAACGCAUCUUGUGUCUUUACUGAUUACUUUUUAUGUAGCAAAUUUGUUACAAAAGGGAAAAUUUAUCGUUAUUGCUUUUUAAGUAAUCUGUAAAAAUUAUGCGUGUCUACUGCGAUCAUAACGCAUCUUGUGUCUUUUCUACUUCGAGAUUUUCUUUACUUUAAGAAGCACAUUGGUCAUUGGUCUUUUCUGACUGUCAGCCGCAAUUUUCUCUGAUUCUGAAUCCAAUUGAGGCGUAGUUUUAUUUUCGUUUAAUUGCAUUCUAUGACUUUUAAAAGUGUAUUUUGGCGAUUCUAUGGCUAGUUGGGGAACAUUUUCUAUUUCGGUUCUCUCUCACUUUCGGAAGCCUUUUCAGUGAUUUCAAGUUAUAUAUAAAAUCACUUCAUGCUAAGGCCUUUAGAUGCGUUUUCGAUGAUUCUUAACUAAAUCUGUAUUUUUUCUGUUUUAGAAUUUUCUGGAAUUUUGAAUCAUUGUCUGUAAGGCUGUGCUUAAUUUGCGGUUAUUUUUUUCCAUUACCGUUUUUUCUAUCCUUAAGAAGCGUUAUUCGGCAUUUUUUUUUCUUUUCUGGCUCUCAGCACUCAGUACACAAGCAAAGUUGAGACACUCUGAGCUUAAUUGGAAUCAUUUUCUUAAAUAAAGUUUUCUAGCCCUCGGUGGUGUUCCUAAGUUCAACUCGUGAGCGUUUUUUGUGUUGGUCUUUUCUGGUAUUUGAAAGCGUUUCUCGGCGAUUAUGUGCUAAAUAUGGGUUAAUUUUCAGUUUUGGUGUUUAAAUAUCUGGCUUUCAGAUGCGAAUACAGGUCGGACUCGAUUAUCCGGAGACUCGAUUAUCCGGAAACUCGAUUAUCCGGAAUUUUAAUUUUUUGGUGUCCGUUUUCAAUUUUUAUUCCGUAAUUUUGCCUUUACCAUCCCUUCUGGCAUAUUUGUUACCAUUUAAGUCCCUUCCGGCAUGUUUGAGACAUGUUCGAAUUAAAUGAAAAUAAUCAAUGUCCAAUUUUUUUUUUUAUUGCUACUCAAGAUUUUACCACUUUUCGCCUCAGAAAUAACUUCUGGUUACUGCAUCAUACAAGUAAAAUAAAGAAAAGAAAUAUUUAUUUUAUGUUCGUUAAUCGCAAAAUUUCAGUAGUUUUUGUGUGAUUUGAUUAUCCGGAAAACUCGAUUAUCCGGAAUGAAAAAAAUUUUGAUGUUCCGGAUAAUCGAGUCCGAUUCUCAAAUUUAAAGCUUUUUUUAUUGGUCUCCCUCUACCUUUAGAAGGCGUCUAGCGGCAAAUCCAUGUCUAAUUUAAAUGCGUUUAUUUUUAAUCUUUUAUGGCCAUCGAAAGCUUGUUUCUGUGAUUUUGAGCAUUACCUCCAUUAUUUUUUAUCCCUCUAGAAGUAGGUCUCUAUCUAUGGCUAUAUAUGGCUUUUUCUGAUCUUUGAGCGCAUAUUUCGAUGAUUCGGUGUUAAUUUAAGUUUUAUUUGGGAAUCCAUUUUUUGUUAUGUCUUUUUCUUUUCUGCGAUUACUGAGUAAAAUGGAUAAGAGUUUCUCGGUCUUGAGAUAAACUUUUGUGAGGAGGAGCCUGAAAAUAAAUCCAUGCUUAAGUCCUUCAAUAUUCAAUAGCCAGAUUAUACCAGGAUUCAAACCCAUGACCACCCGCUUGUCAAAGCAGACUUAUUUCUAUUCAUCUUAGCCAAAGGAAAAAUCUUCCCCAUUGCAUGGAGGUUGUUAAGUCACUAAAUUGGGGUUUGUUCGAUUACUAUUAGACUUUUGUACCGAUGACAAAUGCUCAAAUUUUAAAUGCUAGUUCGUUACCUUACCCAUUACAUGAAGGCUGUACACUAGGGUGUCCCAAAAAAAAUCGAUGUUGAAAAAGUCAAGGGGCUCAGCCCUAAAUUGAAAGAUAAUGUUAUUUAUAGCAUUUUUUGUAGAACAUUUCGACUUUCUAAAAAGAUGUUUUCAGGUUGCCCAAACCUGAUUUAUGAAAAAAUGACUUUUUUAAGCUACAAACCCACUCUUUUGCAUUUUUUCCAAAUAUGUUCGAUUCCUAAAUUUUUCCAUAUAUAUUUUUUGUUUUUGUGAGGUUGUUUUUGAAUAUUUUGCAUGGUUCAGUACAGCAGCAUUUAGUGGCAUUUUUGCCAAAAUGUAUAGUUUUCCAUCACAUGUAAAAACGCCUAUAUCUCAGCCCCAAGAUAAGAUAUCAAGGAUCUUUUUUCAUGCUAAUUUUCGUCUUAAAUCCCGCUUUGCAACAAAAAUUUCAGUUCUUGAUCAAAAAAGUUUUUUAUAUGUGUUUUGAAGGGUUUUAUCCGCAAGUAAUGAGAAAAAUUCACUUUUUUGUGAUGUUCAAUGGGCUCUGUGAGUCGAAUAAUUGAAUGUGAUGCUGAACCAAACCAUGUGAAAUAUUAAAAAACAACCCCACAAAAAUAAAAAUAAAAUAUAUGGAAAAUUUAGGAAUCGAACAGAUUAAAAAAAAAGUGCAAAAGAAUGAUUUAGUGGCUCGAAAUAGUCAUUUUUUCAUGAAUCACGUUUGGGCAACCUGAAAACGAUUUUUUAGAAAGUCCAAAUGUUCUACAGAAAUGCUAUAAAUAACAUUAUCUUUCAAUUUAGGGCUGAACACCUUGACUUUUUAAACAUCGAUUUUUUCUGGGACACCCUACUGUACAGUUACUAGCUUGAAUCUAAAUCAAAUAAAAUAUUUUAACAGAUUGUGACUGUUAGGGGCCGUUCCUAAACCACGUAGUCAUAAAGAGGGGGGCGGGGGCCAUAAAGAGGGGGUCAAAAGACCACGAAAGACCAUGCAAGGUAGAGGGGGGGGGGGGGUUAACGAAAUGACCACGUGGUGUUUUUUCCUGACUUAUAAUUUAUUGUUACCACCAAGUCAUGAAUGGAGCUUUUGCAUUGUAGAAAUACAGAAUGCACUAAAAGUUUUUAUAAUAAAAAUGUAAAAAUUUAAGUGAAUUUUUGGCACUUGACAAAUGAAAAGUCCACGUGGUUAAAGUCGCAAGAGGGGGGGGGGGGGGUCAAAAGACCACGGGGGGGUACGGCGAGUAUAAAAAUUGAUCGAAACAUGACCACGUGGUUUAGGAACGGCCCCUUAUAAGCAUGCGUGAAUGCAAUAACAAUCAUUAUCAAAUUUGUUCAUAAAUAGAAGAGCAACAUAAUAAUAACGCACAAUCAAAUACGCAUUACUUACUAAUAAUAAUCGUAUUAUAGCUGUAUUAUGGAAAAGAGCUACAAAAUUUUAUAUGAAUAAUUCUAAUGCUCAGAUACUGCUGAGCUUUGCUGUUUCAUUUUUCAACAGUUUCUACCAACGUAAUUUUGUACCGAAGAUACUGCUAAAACCCAAGAUACUACCGAAAAGUACUGGAAUGUUCAAACGUAAACUUCACUUGCCUAGUUGCUAUCUUGUUAUAGCGAUACUAGUGCACAGUCUUGCAAAAAAUGGAUUCAAACUCUCCCGAUUCAGCAAAACUACGCCUAUGUUCAAUUGUAGUAUAUUUUGAAAUGCAUCAAUUACAGCAAGAGUUCGCAACACCACAGCAUCACAUGGGUUUGAACAACCUUGGACAAAGCUAGUCCUCUAACCUGACUUUGUCCAAAGUCCACGAACAUUUUGAUAAUGCACCAAAAAUGAAUCCGUAGGAUGAAAUAAAAAUAAACAAAAUAACCAAGACGUCAACACUGCAUCCAAUGCUAUAGAAUAUGGUCUUUAGUUACGGAUUCAAAUUUUUACUGAAAAUCAGGUUAUUUCUAGUGGACAUAAGUAACCGUGAGAACAAAACAAUUGAUUAGAAAAGUUUUGGUCUACAAUAAGCAGCCAUAAUAUUGAUGUUGAAAAAGGCACUAAGGGUAAACAAAUCUCGAAUUGAGCCUAAAACAUUGAAACUUUGCUGCGUCAUUUCUAAGCACAUGGUUCUUAUCACAUUAUGACAAGAUUUUAUUCGUUCAACGUGAAAUAUUUAUAGUCAAUCGUUGCGAUCCAAAAUCGUAUUAUUUACUCACAUUAUUUUCGUUCACUAAUCAGUGUCUCGUAAAAAUAACAUUUAGAAAAUCAGAUUUCCAAUAUUUUCAAAUUGAAUACUGCUUUAUCUCCUUUAUUUAUGAUGAUAGGCAGCCUCACAUGUUUGUUAUUUGUGUUUAGUGAAUAAACAUUAAAUUUACAAAUUUUACUUCAUCACCGUGACGCUAAGUACCUGGAGAAAUUAUCAAAUUAGAUCCAAAAUUCACAAACGUUUUGCUAACACAACCAUAAAACGAAAACACUUCAGACCGUUAAAUGACUAACUUUAUGGUGUAUAACUCAAAUUAUGCAAAAUUACAUGAGCGCCUACAUCAAAGACCUAUUUCCGAAGCAACCAUAUUUUAAACAACGCCCCCCUGGAAUUUCACGAUAUGGGAAACGAAUAUUUUUGUCAUUUGAAAGCGUCUCAAUUUGCGGUUAGUCGAUAUAUUUACCAACUGGUUGUUAUCUCUCUCUCUCUCUCGGCCCCAGCAUCGGCAGCCGGGGGAAUCCAGAACCGGGACAGAGCACGUGUGUGCCGCACCGACCUCGAGAUAGAUAGCUUUGUUUUCCGCCAAACCUUAUAUAACCACCGUCGCUGUGCUGUCGCUACAUGUAUAGGUACUCGAAACUGCGGAAAAACAGCCUCCAUUUGCGUCGGUUACCAAUUUCUGUUGAAUAUUUUAUGAGAUUUUAUAUUGCAACACUACCGGCCGGAUCGGGGCGUGGAAAAAACUACCCGACGUUUCAAGAAUAAUGUUACAGCCAGGAACCCAGUUUUAUGAGUUUUCCUUCUCGGUUUCGAAGCUAGAUUGCUCCAUUGUUAUGUUCUGUUUCGCCAUGAUUAUUUUUCCACUAUAUCCCGAGUCAACCAAGCUGAAUCAAAGUUAUUCUCUCUCUCGCUCUCGCUGUAUGUACAUAUAGAAGUUGAACUAUACCAACCAACAGAAUCGGAGCAUAACUCUUGUACCAUACGCAACAACGCAAAACACAACUAGAAAGUUUUCAAUAGUAUAAAUAUUUCCACUCGCGACGGGAAACGGAAUGUAUACUUCUUUUCCGAAUCCCGUGUAAGGUAAACAGGAAGGAAAUUCCUAGCAAAAUUUGUGAGUGUUGAAUGUUAAGAAAAUAAAGCGAUAAUUGAGUUGACAGAUUAUUUCUGUUUGCUGUAGAGACGCAAACACACUCAAUGACAAACAUAAUGUACAUUUUACUUUUUUUUCGGCUAGAAAGAAAAAAAAGAAAUGAAACCGAGGUCUGACUUGAAGCGCAUUUGAACCUCUCAGCAGCUGAAACCUAAAUUAACUCUAAUCAUGCUCGAAUUGUUUUGUAAAAUAAUGGAUGAAAAUGACAAAAAAAGUGCAAUACACUGUAAAAUGAGAUGAAAUGUUUAAUAAAAAUCUAAUGAAAAUAAUA